AUGGUGUCCUUGGUCAAAUUAACGACCGCUGUGUGCUUGGCGGCUUCCACCGCUCUAGGAGCCGACGGCUUCGAAAUCUACCACAAGAAUGAGCUUACAGUAGAAGCUUGCGAGAAGAUCUUGGGUAAGACUGCAACUCUUUUUGCAAAGAAGGACAAGGCUGGCUACUGUAACGUCAAGAACCAGCCGGCUUUGGGCUCUAUGGCUCAUUGCUUAAAAGACAUGCCCAACCCUAAGGCUAUUGGUGUAUUCAUCGAAGGAUGCUCGAAAUACCACUUGACCGAGCAGGAGUUCUGGGAUGCCUACGAAAAUGCCACCAGUUACUUGGUCACAAAUACUUCUGCCGUACAUGGCUUCAAUAAAACCGAGUUGUUUCACUUGCCUGUGAAGGUCCCCCAUAAGAAGCUCAUGGGUGCUUACAACUCUAUUUUGCACCGUUUCUAUAACUACAAUCGUGCUCACAUCUAUGGUUGGAUUCUUCUUGCCUACUGGGGCUUGGUUGUCCUCAUUGCAGGUCUUUGCAGACUCGUUAAGUUUGCAUUCCCUGGUUUUGCUCACUCGUUGAAUGGCAAGGUCUCCAACACUUAUAGAAGGUACAUCACUUUGCCUGGUCUUUUUAACGGAAAAGUCAGUGAGCACGGUUAUCUUUUUAAGGUGAUUCUGUACGUCAUCCCCACUAGAUUAGAGACCAUUCUCAUCUUCAUUUGGUUCAUUUUAUGUGUUGCCUUCAACACUGCCAACUUCCAUCAUGAUUCUCCAAACGUUGUGUGGCCAAAGAAGGCUACAGAGAUGGGCAGAAAGGUUGCUGACAGAACUGGUGUCAUCGCCAUCUAUAUGGUUCCUCAGUUGGUUUUGUUUGCUGGUAGAAAUAAUUUCAUGGAGUACAUUUCCGGCUGGUCGUACUCUAGAUUCAACCUCAUUCACCAGUGGUACGCUAGAAUCCUUUUUAUCUUGAUCAUUGCACACGCAGUGGGUAUGACGCUUAAUGGUAAAGGUGUCGGCAAGUACGAAAUUCGUAACGCCAAGAUGUACAUGAAGUUAGGUUAUGUUGCAACGGGUGCUGGCGCUCUCAUGAUGGCUCACUCGCUUUCAUACUUCCGCCAAAAGAACUACGAGUUCUUUGUGCUUAGCCACAACAUCUUGGCUAUUUUGUUUAUCGCUGGCACUUGGGUUCAUAUUGCUGACUCAAAAUACCAACAGUACAUGUACGCUGCCACUGCCGUGUGGGCUUUUGACAAGUUUGUCAGACUCUGCAGACUUGCAUGGUUUGGUAUCAAGACUGCAGAAGUCCAAUUGUUUGACGAUGAAAACUUGAAGGUGAAAAUCCCAAGAAACCGUUUCUGGAAGCCAUUUCCAAUGGCUCACUGCUUCAUUUACUUUUUCAGACCGAACUGUUUCUGGCAAUCGCACCCUUUCACUGUGCUCGACUCCGUUGUUGACGACCAGGUGAUCACUUUCUACAUCAAGGUGAAGGGAGGCAUGUCAAGCAGCUUGUGUCAGUUUUUGAGCACCCAACCAGAGCGCAAGGCCAAGAUCAAGUGUUCUGUUGAAGGACCAUACGGCCACAAGGCGCCAUUGCAGCACUACAACGAUGUUGUAUUCCUUGCUGGAGGAAGAGGUAUCCCCGGUUUGUACGCCGGUGCAUGGGACCUUACGAAGAGACAAGGGAACCAAAGAAUCAAGUUGUACUGGAUGAUUCGUCACUGGAAUUCGAUCGAGUGGUUUUACGAGGAGUUGAAAAAGUUGGAGGGCACCACGGUGCAGCCCAUUGUGUACGUGACGCGUCCACAAGAGAGAUUGGAAGGUACCUUCAUCCAGUCAUUUGGUGACGACAUUUCUAGCGAAGAAAAGAAAUACGAGGACGAGGACGUGGCCGUGGACCAGAUAAGUGCGUUGAAGAACCAAUUCCCAUUUGUCGAGUUCAGAGAGGGCCGUCCAGACGUGGAGCAGCUAAUCAAGGACGACAUCAGCGAGGCGCACGGUUCCGUUGCCUUUGUGGCGUGCGGACAUGGAGCGUUCGUGGAUCUUCUGAGAAAGGUCAUUGCAGGGAACUUGCCUGAGGGCAAGAGGGUUGAUUUCUACGACCAGAUGCAGACGUGGUAA